AUGUUCCCAUACAAACAGCGACGCAAAAGUUGCCAUAGGAAAUGUUCGCUAACAAUACGGCUCCCUUCAGACCCCUUCGCCGACGCCGACGAAGAUACCGGACAAUCGCAGGCAAAGCAACAGGAAUACCUCCAUAUCCGAAUCCAGCAGCGCAAUGGACGCAAGACCUUGACCACGGUGCAGGGUAUUCCUCCCAAGUUUGACCACAAGAAGAUCCUCAAGGUCAUCAAGAAGGAGUUCGCUUGCAAUGGAACCAUCAUUUCCGCGGCCGAGUCCAAGGGCAUGGGCGAGGUGAUCCAGCUCCAGGGCGAUCAGCGCAGCAAGAUUCGCGACUUCCUGAUUGACAAAGCUACCGGCCUUGGCCUUGACGAGAAGACCAUCAAAGUCCACGGUUUCUAG